CUUAUGCAACGACUCGCUGCUGCGCUUCGACUCUCAACCCCAACACACAUCGCUACCAGACGCACAAUCAUGUCCGGCCCCUCGCAGAUCACCCUCCCCUCGCCUGCCGACUUUCACGUCCAUGUGCGCCAGGGCGCCAUGAGCGAGCUCGUCACCCCGCACGUCGCGCAGGGCGGUAUCCGCACCGCGUACAUCAUGCCCAACCUCGUCCCUCCUCUCACCAAGACCGAGGCCGUCCUCGCGUACAAGAAGGACCUGGAGCGCAUCGCACCCAAGACCGAGUUCCUCAUGACCCUCUACCUCCACCCCGAGGUCACGCCCGAGGAGAUCCGCAAGGCCGCCAAGGCCGGCAUCAGCGGCGUCAAGUCGUACCCCCGUGGCGUCACGACCAACUCGUCGUCGGGUAUCGAAGACUAUGGCGUCUACUACCCCGUCUUCAAGGCCAUGGAGGAGGAGGGCCUCGUCCUCAACCUCCACGGUGAGGUACCCUCGGACGACGAGAAGAACAUCUCCAUCCUCAACGCCGAGAAGCACUUCCUCGAGCACCUCCGCAAGCUCGCGGCCGACUUCCCUAAGCUUCGCAUCGUCCUCGAGCACGUCACGACCUCCGAGGCUGUCGAGUGCGUCAAGUCGCUCCCCGCCAACGUCGCGGCCACCAUCACUGCCCACCACCUGUGGCUCACGAUCGACACGGUCGCCCCCCAGCCCCACCACUUCUGCAAGCCCCUCGCCAAGGAGCCCAAGGACCGCAAGGCUCUUCAGGACGCCAUCAAGAGCGGCAACCCCAAGUUCUUCCUUGGCUCCGACUCGGCUCCCCACCCCAGCGCCUCCAAGGCCCCCUCAAUCUCGGAAUCGGGCGAGCUCCACGCGUGCGCUGCCGGCUGCUACACGUCGCCUUACCUCGUUCCCCUUGUCGCUACCCUGCUCGAGUCGUUUGGCGCCCUUGACAAGCUCGCUGGCUACGUUUCCGAGCACGGCCGUGCCUUCUACAAGGUCCCUGCGAAGGCUGGGGACGAGCUCACGCUCCGCCGCCCUGCCACUGCCGUCAAGGUUCCUGCGCGCCUCGACGGUGCCGAGGGCAUCGAGGUGGUUCCCUUCUGGGCCGGCAAAGAGCUCGGCUGGGAGAUUGUCAACUAGACGGGGAGGUAUGUGGAAGCUGCAGGGUUGAGGAGGAGGGAGGGAGCCUCUUGGUAGACAUCAAAACGCAUUGAGAGUUGGAGUUGUUUAAUAUGCAUCGGUUGUGAGCUUG